GCCUUCGCCCUUGCUGCGCUCGCGCUGGGUCUCAGUCUCCGGCCCGCGGCCGAAGCACCACGUUCGGAGCCGUCCCGGAGCCGGUGAACUGGGCGGUCUCGAGGGCGGAGCCCCGGGAUAAGAGGGCGGCCGCCGUGUCCUCCGCGGCUGAGGAAAAUGGUAUUCGAGUCGGUGGUUGUGGACGUGUUGAACCGGUUCUUGGGGGACUAUGUGGUGAACCUGGACACGUCCCAGCUCUCUUUGGGCAUCUGGAAAGGAGAUGUGGCCCUCAAGAACCUGGAAGUUAAAGAAAAUGCCCUGAGUCAACUGGAUGUGCCCUUUAAAGUUAAAGUUGGUCAUAUAGGUAAUCUUAAACUUUCAAUUCCAUGGAAAAACCUUUAUACUCAACCAUUUGAAGCUGUAUUAGAAGAUAUUUAUUUACUUAUAGUGCCUUCUUCCAGAAUAAAAUAUGAUCCUUUAAAAGAAGAAAAACAACUCCUAGAAGCAAAGCAACAGGAAUUAAAAAGAAUUGAAGAAACAAAGCAAAAAGUAGUUGAUCAAGAAAAACAACAAGCAGAGAAACAGGACACUUUUGCAGAAAAAUUAGUUACUCAGAUCAUAAAAAAUCUUCAAGUGAAAAUUUCCAACAUCCAUGUUCGUUAUGAAGAUGAUAUCACAAAUCGAGAGAAACCGCUGUCAUUUGGUAUUUCUUUACAAAAUCUCAGUAUGCAGACCACUGAUCAAUACUGGGUUCCAUGUUUACAUGAUGAAACUGAGAAACUAGUCCGUAAGUUAAUUCGAUUGGACAACCUUUUCGCCUAUUGGAAUGUGCAGUCUCAGAUGUUUUAUCUUAAUGAUUAUGAUGAAUCAUUGGACGACUUGAAGAAUGGUAUUGUCAAUGAAAAUAUUAUUCCACAAGGUUAUGACUUUGUAUUUCGCCCCAUAUCUGCUAAAGGCAAACUUCAAAUGAAUCGCCGAUCAGAUUUUGACUUUUCUGACCCCAAAAUAAACCUGGAAGUUGAGUUACAUAAUAUAGCAAUUGAAUUUAAUAAACCACAGUAUUUUAGUGUUAUGGAGCUUCUUGAAUCAGUUGAAAUGAUGACACAAAACCUGCCAUACAGGAAAUUCAAACCUGAUGUUCCUCUUCACUACCAUGCCAAGGAAUGGUGGGCUUACGCUAUACAUGGUGUUCUUGAAGUUAAUGUUUGCCCUAGCUUACGGAUGUGGUCAUGGAAGAAUAUUCGUGAACACAGAAAAAAACUGAAGCAGUAUAAAGAACUAUACAAAAAAAAGUUAAUAAAUAAGAAACUACCUGGUGAAAUUCUCAUGUCUUUACAGGAACUGGAAAAAGCCUUGGAUGUCUUUAAUAUAACUAUAGCUAGACAACAGGCAGAAGUUGAGGUAAAGAAAGCUGGAUACAAGAUUUAUAGACAAGGAAUGAAAGAUCCAGAGGAUAAAAAAGGAUGGUUUAACUGGCUGUGGACUUGGUCAGAAUCACAUACUAAACAACAACCAGAUGUUAAACCUGGAAUUCUUGAAGAAAUGUUGACACCUGAAGAAAAAGUUUUACUCUAUGAAGCAAUUGGCUAUAGUGAAACAGCAGUUGAUCCAACCUUGCCCAAAACAUUUGAAGCCAUGAAGUUUUUUGUUCACUUGAAAAGUAUGUCUAUUGUUCUAAGAGAAAAUAACCAAAAACCUGAGCUGAUAGACAUUGUAGUAGAAGAAUUUAGCACUUUAAUUGUGCAAAGACCAGGAGCACAAGCAAUAAAAUUUGAAACCAAAAUAGAUUCAUUUCAUAUUACUGGCUUACCAGAUAAUUCAAAAAAACCCCGCCUCCUGUCUUCAUUAGAUGGUACAUCACUCUUCCAGAUUAUAUUUGAGAUAAAUCCAUUAGAUGAAACCGUUUCUCAGAGGUGUAUCAUAGAAGCUGAACCUUUAGAAAUGAUAUAUGAUGCAAGGACAGUGAAUAGUAUAAUGGAAUUCUUCAGACCUCCAAAAGAGGUACAUCUAGCACAACUCACUUCAGCAACUUUAACAAAACUUGAAGAAUUUCGUGAUAAGACAGCAACAGGUCUUCUGUAUAUUAUUGAAACACAGAAAGUACUUGAUCUCAGAAUUAAUUUGAAGGCUUCAUACAUUAUUGUCCCACAAGAUGGAAUUUUUACCCCUACAUCCAAUCUUCUUCUUUUGGAUCUUGGUCAUCUAAAGGUGGCAAGUAAAAUUCGUUCGGAAUUACCAGAUGUGAAACAUGGUGGUGCCAACCUUGAAGAAAUUAUGCAAAGAGCUUAUGAUUCCUUUGAUAUUCACCUUACAAGCAUACAGCUGCUUUAUAGUAGAGUGGGUGAUAAUUGGAAAGAAGCACGAAAACUCAAUGUAUCUACACAGCAUAUUUUAGUGCCCAUGCACUUCAAUGUGGAACUCUCUAAGGCUAUGGUUUUCAUGGAUUUAAGGAUGCCCAAAUUCAAGAUUUUUGGAGAGUUACCUCUUGUUUCUUUACGAAUCUCUGAUAAAAAGCUGCAAGGGAUUAUGGAAUUGGUUGAAAGCAUUCCAAAACCUGUACUUAUAACUGAUGUAUCUGCCCCUGUGAAAUCAAUUCAGAUUCAAGCAUCUACUGGAUCUGGACCAACACAUAUUUCACAGAAAAUAAUUCCUAUCUUGGAACUUCCAUAUAUUACUGAGGAUGACUCAGAGGAAGAAUUUUUUGAUGCACCAUGUAGUCCCUUGGGAGAGUUUCCUCAAGUUCCAACUAGAAUUAAAAAUAUUCAACACAAAAAGUUACAAAAGCAAGAUUGUUCAGUAAAUUUGUCUGAGUUUAAAAUGCGAUUUGAAGUAGCAGAGGUUUUGAUUCAAUUUUAUCACCUUGUGGGAGAUUGUGAACUACCUGUGGUAGAAAUUGAUGUUUUAGGAUUAGGCACAGAAGUUGAACUUAGAACAUUUGAUUUGAAAGCAAGUGCCUUUUUGAAAGAGUUCUGCUUAAAAUGCCCAGAAUAUGUAGAUGAAAACAAGAAACCAGUUUAUUUGGUCACAACAUUGGAUAACACAAUGGAAGAUCUGUUAACGUUGGAAUAUGUGAAGGCUGAAAAAAAUGUACCUGAUUUGAAAAGUACCUAUAACAAUGUUUUACAACUGCUUAAGGUUGAAUUUUCAUCUUUGGAUAUUCAUUUACAUACUGAAGCACUUCUAAAUACAAUGAAUUAUCUCAAUAACAUUCUUCCACAAUCAGUGGAAAAACGAACCUCAGUGUCUGUUGGAGAGACUGAAGACAAAGGAGAUGUCAUUAAAAAAUUAGCUUUAAAACUAUCCAUGAAUGAAGAUAUUAUAACCUUGCAGAUUUUAGCAGAAUUAUCAUGUUUACGGAUUUUUAUUCAAGAUCAGAAACAUAACAUUUCUGAAAUUAAGAUUGAAGGACUUGAUUCUGAAAUGAUUAUGAGGACUUCAGUUGUUGAAAUAAAUGCAAAGCUAAGGAAUAUAAUUGUUUUGGAUUCUGAUAUAAUGGCUGUAUACAAAAAGGCUGUGUAUAUCACUGGAAAAGAAGUUUUCAGCUUCAAACUGGUUUUUUACAUGGAUGUAACUGCUGGUUCUGCAGACACAGAUAUGAAUGUGGUUGAUGUUCAGGUUAUAACUGUUGGUUGCAUUGAAGUCGUUUUUGUCACAAAAUUUCUGUAUUCUAUAAUGGCUUUUAUAGAUAAUUUUCAAGCAGCUAAACAAGCCUUGGCUGAAGCAACUGUUCAGGCAGCAGGAAUGGCUGCUACUGGUGUAAAAGAACUGGCCCAAAGGAGUUCUAGAAUGGCACUGGAUAUUCACAUCAAAGCCCCAGUUGUGGUCAUCCCACAGUCUCCAGUUUCUGAAAAUGUUUUCGUUGCUGAUUUUGGACUAAUUACAAUGAAAAAUAAAUUCAUUCUAAUAUCAGAGAGCCAGAGCUAUCCCCCACCUGUUAUUGACUUGAUAACAAUAAAGCUGAGUGAAAUGAGACUAUAUAGGUCUCAAUAUAUUAAUGGUGCAUACCAGGAAGUACUGGACCUAUUACUGCCAUUAAAUCUUGAAGUGGUUGUUGAGCGAAAUAUGUCGUGGAGUUGGUACCAGGAAAUUCCCUGUUUUAAUGUAAAUGCUCAGCUAAAACCUAUGGAGUUCAUUCUUAGUCAAGAAGAUUUAACAACUACUUUUAAAACUUUGUAUGGCAACAUAUGGUAUCAGGGUUUUCAGGCCUCAUCUGCUGAAGUUAAAGACCACUCUAGCAAUGCUGGUGGAGUAAAUGCUUCACCCCAUUCAGGAGGAGCAACUGUGGUAACAGCUGCUGUUGUAGAAGUACAUUCACAUGCUUCUCAAGUUAAGACAACACUAAAUAUGACUUUCAAAACUGAUUAUCUCACCAUGAUAUUGUAUAGCCCAGGUCCUGAACAGGCUUUUACAGAUGUUCGUGAUCCUUCUCUGAAACUUGCUGAAUUUAAGUUGGAAAAUAUUAUAAGUACUUUAAAAAUAUGUACAGAUGAGUCAACAUUUUCUUCUUUCUCAUUAAGAAACUGUAUUUUAGAUGAUAAAAGGCCUCACAUCAAGAAAGCAACUCCGAGAAUGAUAGGACUGACUGUUGGGUUUGACAAAAAGGACAUGAUGGAUGUUAAGUAUAGGAAAAUCAGAGAUGCUGCUGUGACUGAUGCAGUUUUUCAAGAAAUGUAUAUUUGUGCAAGCGUGGAAUUCCUACUGACAGUUGCAAAUGUCUUUUUGGAGGCCUACACAGCAGGCAGUGUUAUAGAAACCAAUGUUCAAACAUGGACUUCUAAGGAAGCACCUGUACUAGAACCAGAGAAAUGGGAAAUUAAUAUUCUUAUUAAAAACCCUGAAAUUGUGUUUGUGGCUGACAUGACAAGAAAUGAUGCUCCUGCCUUGGUCAUUACAACACAAUGUGAAAUUUGCUGUAAAGGUGACCUUAAAAAUACUACAAUGACUGCUGCUAUUAAAGAUCUUCAAAUCAGAGCAUGCCCAUUUCUCCCAGUCAAGAGAAAAGGCAGAAUUACUACUGUUUUGCAGCCCUGUGACUUGUUUUAUCAGUCUACUCAGACAGGUACAGAUCCACAAGUGAUUGAUAUAUCAGUAAAAUCCCUUACACUAAAGGUUUCACCAGUUAUCAUAAAUACCAUGAUUACUAUAACUUCAGCACUUUAUACAACUAAAGAAACCUCUCCAAAAGAAAUGGCUUCUUCUUCAGCACAUUUAUGGGAAAAGAAGGAUACAAAGAAUUUAAAAAUGUGGUUUCUUGAAGGAUCAAAUGAAACUGAAAAAAUAACUCCCUCAGUUGAAUUGGUACCCAAAGGAGAGAUGAUGAAAUUGAACAUUGAUUCUAUUUUUCUGGUUCUUGAGGCUGGAGUUGGUCAUAGAACAGUGCCUAUGCUUUUAGCAAAGUCUUCUUUUUCAGGGGAAUGCAAAAACUGGAGUAGCCUUAUAAAUCUCCACUGUCAGCUUGAGCUAGAAGUUCAUUAUUAUAAUGAAAUGUUUGGCGUAUGGGAGCCUUUGCUUGAACCAUUAGAAAUUGAUCAGACCGAAGACUUCAGACCGUGGAAUCUUGGAAUCAAGAUGAAAAAGAAAGCAAAAAAAGCUAUUGUUGAGUCAGAUACUGAGGAAGAAAACUACAAAGUACCAGAAUAUAAAACUGUCAUCAGUUUCUAUUCAAAAGAUCAGUUAAACAUUACAUUAUCCAAAUGUGGCCUUGUAAUGUUAAGUAAUUUAGUUAAGGCAUUUACAGAAGCUGCUACUGGAUCUUCAGCUGCCUUCAUAAGGGAUCUAGCACCAUUUAUGAUUUUAAAUUGUCUUGGACUUACUAUCUCUGUUUCACCGAGUGAUUCUUUUAAUGUACUCAAUGUUCCUAUGGCAAAAUCAUACAUAUUGAAAAAUAUGGAGAGUUUAAGUAUGGAUUAUGUACGAAGUAAGGACAAUGACCAUUUUAAUGCAAUGACCAGCCUAAGCAGCAAACUCUUCUUCAUUCUUCUUACCCCUGUUAACCACUCAACUGCUGAUAAGAUUCUAACAAAGUAGGACGAACGUCUGUACACUGUAAGACACAGAGAAUCUGGAGUUGAAAGAUCUAUUGUUUGUCAAAUUGAUGCAGUAGAAGGAAGUAAGAAGGUAACAAUUCGCUCCCCAGUGCAGAUUAGAAAUCAUUUUUCAAUUCCAAUCUCUGUUUAUGAAGGAAGUACUUUGUUGGGAAUUGCUUCACCUGAAAAUGAAUUCAACAUACCAUUAGCAUCUUACCGGUCAUUUCUUUUUCUGAAGCCAGAAGAUGAGGACUAUCAAAGGUGUGAAGGAAUUGACUUUGAAGAAAUUAUUAAAAAUGAUGGAGCUCUUCUAAAGAAGAAAUGUAGAUCUAUAAACCCUUCUAAGAAAUCAUUUAUUAUUAAUAUUGUCCCAGAAAAAGAUAGCUUGGCAUCUCUAUCAGUGUAUUCUGAAGAUGGUUGGGACUUACCAUACAUAAUGCAUUUGUGGCCACCCAUACUACUUCGAAAUCUUCUUCCUUACAAAAUUGCUUAUUAUAUAGAGGGAAUUGAAAAUACAGUUUUUACUCUCAAUGAAGGACAUUCAGCCCAGGUUUAUACUGUACAAGUGGAUAAAGCCAAGCUACAUUUAAAAUUGCUUGAUUAUCUAAAUCAUGAUUGGAAAAGUGAAUUUUAUAUAAAAUCUAAUCAACAAGACAUUAGUUUUAUCAGUUUUGCCUGUGUUACAGAUAUGGAAAAGACUGAGUUAGAUAUUGCUAUCCAUAUGACUUAUAACACUGGUCAGACAAUUGUGGCAUUUCAUAGUCCAUACUGGAUGGUCAAUAAAACUUCUCGAAUGUUACAAUACAAAGCAGAUGGAAUUCAUCGAAAGCAUCCACCUAAUUACAAAAAACCAGUUCUCUUUUCUUUUCAGCCAAAUCACUUUUUUAAUACCAAUAAGGUUCAGCUUAUGGUAACUGAUAGUGGGUUGUCAGAUCAGUUUUCAAUUGAUACUGUUGGUAGUCAUGGAGCUGUUAAAUGCAAAGGCCCGAAAAUGGAAUAUCAAGUCGGUGUCACUAUAAACCUUAGCAGUUUUAACAUUACCAGAAUUGUGACAUUUACUCCUUUUUAUAUGAUUAAAAACAAGAGCAAAUAUCAUAUAUCAGUGGCUGAAGAGGGAAGUGAUAAAUGGCUCUCUCUUCAGUUGGAGCAGUGUAUCCCCUUUUGGCCUGAAGAUGUGUCCAGUAAGCUUCUUAUUCAAGUUGAAAAGAGUGAAGGUCCUCCCAAAAGGAUAUAUUUUAACAAGCAAGAAAAUUGUAUUUUAUUGCGUCUAAAUAAUGAGCUUGGAGGUAUCAUAGCAGAAGUUAAUUUGGCUGAGCAUUCAACCGUUAUUACAUUUUCAGAUUAUCAUGAUGGGGCAGCUACGUUCCUGUUAAUAAAUCACACCAAGAAUGACCUUAUUCAGUACAAACAAAGUUCUCUUAGUGAAAUUGAAGAUUCCCUUCCUCCUGGAAAAGCAGUGUUUUAUACCUGGGCUGAUCCAGUGGGCUCUAGAAAACUGAAGUGGAGUUGUGGGAAAAGCCAUGGGGAAGUUACACAAAAGGAUGAUAUGAUGACACCUAUAAAUUUGGGAAAAAAGACAAUUUAUUUAGUUUCAUUCUUUGAAGGCUUACAGCGCAUUAUUUUAUUCACUGAAGAUCCAAGGGUGUUUAAAGUAACAUAUGAAAGUGAGAAAGCAGAGUUAGCAGAGCAAGAAAUUGUGUUGGCAUUACAAGAUGUUGGAAUUUCACUUGUCAACAAUUACACAAAGGAAGAAGUAGCCUAUAUAGGCAUUACAAGUUCUGAUGUGGUUUGGGAAACAAAGCCCAAGAAGAAGGCAAGGUGGAAGACAAUGAGUGUAAAGCAUACUGAAAAGUUGGAGAAAGAAUUUAAGGAAUAUACUGAAUCUUCACCUUUAGAAGACAAGGUUAUUGAGUUGGACACUAGUAUUCCGGUUUGCUUCACACCUAGUGGGAAUAACAUGAAAAUUUUGCAACCUCAUGUACAAGCUAUACGAAGAAAUUAUCUUCCAGCAUUAAAAGUGGAAUAUAGCACAUCUGCACAUCAAUCUUCAUUUAGAAUUCAGAUUUACAGAAUACAGAUCCAAAACCAGAUUCAUGGGGCUAUUUUUCCAUUCGUGUUUUAUCCUAUUAAGCCUCCAAAGUCUGUCACGAUGGACUCAGCACCAAAGCCUUUCACAGAUGUCAGUAUUGUCAUGAGAUCUGCAGGACAUUCCCAGAUAUCACGUAUUAAGUAUUUCAAAGUGUUGAUUCAAGAAAUGGAUCUCAGGUUAGAUCUUGGAUUUGUCUAUGCUCUAGCAGACCUCAUGACUGAAGUUGAGGGGACUGAAAUAACAGAGCUUGAACUUUUCCAUAAAGAUAAAGACGCUUUUGAAGAAGAAUAUGAGACGGUUUCAUUAGUAGAUCAAUCACAAGUCAGUCUCUAUGAAUAUUUUCAUAUAUCUCCUAUCAAGCUGCAUUUAAGUGUUUCACUGAGUUCGGGUAGAGAUGAACCUAAAGAUGAUUCAGAGCAUCAUGGAGGACUGAUCCCCGUUCAUUCUUUAAAUCUUUUGCUAAAGAGUAUUGGUGCCACCCUUACAGAUGUACAAGAUGUAGUUUUUAAGCUUGCCUUUUUUGAACUCAACUAUCAGUUCCACACAACAUCCGAACUGCAGUCUGAAGUAAUAAGACACUAUUCAAAACAGGCCAUUAAGCAGAUGUAUGUACUAAUUCUUGGACUUGAUGUUUUGGGAAAUCCUUUCGGCUUAAUUAGAGAAUUUUCAGAAGGUGUGGAAGCCUUUUUUUAUGAACCUUACCAGGGGGCCAUCCAGGGUCCUGAAGAAUUUGUGGAAGGAAUGGCACUAGGACUCAGAGCACUAGUUGGUGGAGCUGUGGGUGGAUUGGCUGGGGCUGCCUCCAAAAUCACCAGUGCUAUGGCUAAAGGAGUAGCAGCUAUGACUAUGGAUGAAGACUAUCAGCAGAAGAGAAGAGAAGCUAUGAAUAAGCAACCAGCUGGGCUUAGAGAAGGCAUUACUCGUGGAGGAAAAGGCUUAGUUUCUGGUUUUGUAAGUGGCAUUACGGGAAUUGUUACAAAACCAAUCAAAGGAGCUCAAAAAGAAGGAGCAGCUGGUUUCUUUAAAGGUGUUGGGAAAGGUUUAGUUGGAGCAGUGGCCAGACCAACUGGAGGCAUCAUAGACAUGGCUAGCAGUACAUUUCAGGGAAUAAAAAGAGCUACAGAAUCUUAUGAAGUGGAGAGUCUACGACCUCCUCGGUUCUUUAAUGAAGAUGGAGUUAUCAGACCUUACAGGUUGAGGGAUGGUACUGGAAAUCAAAUGUUACAGGUCAUGGAAAAUGGAAGAUUUGCAAAAUACAAAUAUUUUACUCAUGUCAUGAUCAAUAAAACAGAUAUGUUCAUGAUAACUAGAAGUGGUGUAUUGUUUGUAACAAAGGGAGCAUUUGGACAACUUACAUGUGAGUGGCAGUAUAGUUUUGAUGAAUUUACCAAAGAGCCUUUCAUUAUUCAUGGGAGAAGACUACGCAUUGAAGCGAAGGAACGGGUGAAGUCUGUAUUCCAUGCCAAAGAGUUUGGAAAAAUAAUUAACUUCAAGACCCCAGAGGAUGCAAGGUGGAUCCUCACAAAGCUAGAAGAAGCAAGAGAACCUUCUCCAAGCCUCUGAGGAUAACCCUGCCUGCAGACACAGCAAUCUGUUAUUACAGCUUCCAUUCUGUACCUCCUAACACCUGUUUGGGAAGCAUAUUAUAGGAGUGAUUUUGAAUAUCCUGUUCUAGGUGUUUUUUAAAAAAUCAGGUAAAACAUCUAUGUGAUUAAAAUAGUUGACUCUUCAGAGAACCAUUUAAUUUUCUACCAUGAAACAUGCAUCUGAUUAUAAUUCUAAUCAUUUUUAAAAGAAAUAUUUGCUCCAGGUUAUUCUCUAUUGUGGUGGUGAGGUUGCCUGUAGCUUGUCUUCACAUGGAGUGAAGCCCUUAGUUUACAUUUUAAAUUCUAUCAAAUUUACUUUAACCUCCUGGAGUGAUGGGUACGUUAUCAAAUCAGAUAUUGCUUUAGUGGUAUCAUGAGAAAUGUGACUUCUUCAGGAUCAUAAAAUUUUUACAAAUUAGUAUUUUGGCAUAAUUUCCCUUAUUUUUAAAGAAUAGGUUUGAAUUAUACUUAAACUGCAUAGCAUGAUCAUGAAAAAACAGUCUCCUGAGAUUGAACAUAGAUUGAAUAGUAUCCCUUCAAGCCUCGCCUUGCAAAAGCCUUGAAGCAAUUAAUAUCAUACCCAAAAAGGGAAAGUCUCUCCCAGACUUUAGAGCCUUAGAAAACUUCCUAAAGUCAACUCCUUGAUAUCUACCUUGGUUUACUCAGUUCGUUUUUAAGAGACAGAUUUCAAAGGGAAAAUUCCUAAAGCCUUAACAAUACCUAUUUUCUAUUCACUGGUAACAAUAAAAUAUCCAAAUCUUGAAUACAGUGAGUUAUGCUUCAGAACAGCCAUUCUCAUAAGUGAAUGUGUACCCUAAAAUCUAACCUAGUUAUCUGUUGGCCAUCGAUUAAGGAUUUCUGGUUUGCUUUCUCUAAUUAUUCAAGUAAAAAAUUGUUCUUUAGUUAAAAAGGGGGGGGGGGCAGGCUGAGGGAUUUUUUUCUUGGUUUUUGUCCAAGAUCUUUGCACCUUAAUAUUCAUGAACUAUUUCAAGUGAAAGGGGAUGAAUAUAUGAACUAUGAACGGAAUAGUGUAGUAUCUUGAUUAAAUUGCUAUUGAAUAAUAUAGAGUAUUUGAUGCAUGUUAUAUGUGCCAUCUAAUUAUCAUCAACUGUUUUUGGAAUUGAUGACUGUGUAUAGACAAUGGUUGUAAAAUUCUUCUCAGGCUCUUCAAACCCUUGCUUUGUUGUAAAAGCUGAAAUAAACAGCAUGCAACACAGUAAUUGUAUUUCUUGCUGACCAGAUCCUACUAAAUGCUAUUGAUUUCUCUAAUUGCAAAACCACAUUAUUUAUUAUUAGUAGUUUUUUUCUUUGCCAAACAUAAAUUGAAUAGAAAGAAGAUGACAAAUGUUAAACCACAUGGUGAUGUGUAUCUCCAUGGUGACCUUUGUUCAAAGUAAGGUAUUGGAGUUGCUGAGCUCUUCCAAUUUUGCAUGUGUUCAUAUUAAGCCUAAAAAUAGAGGUAGUCAGAAAGCUUGAUUCAGAUUGUCCACGUUUGGAAUGUUGCUUUAUUGGAGUUCUGUUCAAUGCCAUUAAUCCAAAACCUCAUUGUUCCAGUUUCAGCAUUCAGAAAAGGUAUAAAGCCCUUAAUUCUGUAGGUGUCCUGUGGUGAAGAAAAAGGGUAAAAUAGUAGGCACAGAAAUUCUUCUGGUAACCUCUGGCAACCAGGAGGAAUGGAUCUUAUAACUAGUACACAUACAAAGCCAAUGUAACUAUCUUUCCUGUUUUCUUUCUAAUGAGAACCUAGAAAAAUCUUUACCAGUCAUCUACCCAUCACUUCCUCUGUCUAUAGUUUAUCAGUUGCUUUAUAAGAUUCUGUUCAUCUGGACAAAAAGGAAUAGUAAGAAUAUUAAUAGAUCACUAAAUAAGGAGUAUUUAGCAUAAUAUUUUACUAUUUAUAGUAUUAUGUUUUUUCACAUAACAGAGUCCAGAAUUUUGUUGUAUUUGAAAACUGUCUUCCCCAAAUUACAGUGUGCAUUUCUCCAGUGGCUUCCCUUUUAAAGAGAGGUUGUAUAUAUAUUGCUUCUUCCCUACCAUUAGCAUCUUGGGAGAUUGCUGUUUCAGUUAAAUACUCUACAUACUGUAUGUACUAAGUGAUGAUAUCAAGUGUCAGUUUCUAUUGUCAACUGUAGUUUUUUAAAGUUUGAAAGACUAGUGAUCUUUGGAACAGUCUGGAUUGUGUAGUGCCCCUUCAAUAAGACAUAGUAUAGAUUAUAAGCAUUAUCCUUAAAGUGAGAAGAUAGGAUUGCUCUCACCCAGGCUUAUAAAAUGUUUUCCUUUGCUGGCAUAUAACACCCUCACAUGAUUCAGUGAGACCAGAAAAUGCAUGGAAAAAUUAUAUCUACAAAUGGCACCCAAAAACCAUGGCUAGGAGCAUUUAGCUAGGUACAUUUGAACCUCCUAGUCACUAAGCAUUUUACUAUAAUUGGGGACAAAAGUUUUCCUUUUGAUUAAGUUGAAUUUGUUACAGCUGCCUUCUGGCUGACUUACCAUACAGGUGGCAAAGACCUAUAAAAAUGAGGAAUGUAUAUGUCACAUUCUUAUAGGCCCAAAAUAUUCAUUUGCUGGGAAGUACUUUUUAAAUGUCGGUCAUUUUCACUAAAGGAACAAUAAGAAUAUUAAGAGAUCCCUAGAUAAGGAGUCUUUAACGUAGCACUUUACAAUUCACAGUUUUUUUUUAAAUAAUGGAUUUUUCCAUUCCUUUGAGAAAAUGUAGACAACUUUCAUUCCUUAUACCAGAUUCAAUGCACAACUUAGUCAACCUGAUAUCCUUUGGUGCUAUGCAGUAUCACAAAUAGCUCCUUUACUCUAGAAAAGGAACCCAUUUGCACUUUUGCCUAAUCCUUUAAAAUAUAUUUUUGAAGUUAUAACUUAUUGUUUAUGCUAAACCAAUAAAGGUAGCACUAGUUGGCUAAAAUUUCAUAAUUCUUAUGAUCUGUAUUUUCAAUUAUAAGGGCCAAUGCACCUGGUAGUACAACUCUCCCUACCCCACUCCAUACUUUUUUUUCUACCGCAUUUGGUUAAAGUUUCAUUUGUUUUAGGACUGUGCUGUAAACAAGGCCAGCUCCUUGCUGCAUCUCAUUUGCAUCUAAUUGAAAGUUUUCUAUUUUAUUUCCUCUUUUGUAAAAUAAAUUGGCUCAUGGAACUUUAAAAAUGUACUUUAAAAUUAUGGAUUAGUUCUAGUUUUUUAAAAAACAUAUGACUUUUAAAAAUACACAUAAUUUUGGUUUACCCAAAGAGCUAUACAAGAAAUACAAUUUCAAAUUUUAUAGGUAUAUCUGUUUUUUAAAUUUCUAUUACUUUAUACAAAUGUAAAUUUAUUUGUAAUAUAGUUUAACACCUACUGCAAUAGAUAAACUGCUUUGAUUGAAAAUCUCUGUCACUGACUACCAUUCAUUUCAUAUUGCUGGUAUAUUAAUGAUGUGUUCUUUUUAUAACCUUCUUGUAACAAAAAAUCCUGUAAGACUGGUUUAAUAAAUUGUGUAAUAAUUAGAAGUUUAACCAAAGGAAAACAUGUUGAAAACCUCAACAUAUCUUGUUAUGCCAUGAUACCCCCCGUUUUUGGUUACCAAAAAGUUCCCAAUUCUUGAGCUGAAAAACAUUCAAAUAACAAUAUGGUAUAGGACACAUUGAAAUAUUCUCAAUAUUAAUGACUAUAACCCACAAACUAUAAGAAAUUAUAUCUGGGACUUGUUACAAAGUAAGAUAGAUUUUUUAUAAACUUUUUAAAGUUAUUAUCAUCUCUGUAUGUAACUAUGUAUUAUGCUUAAUAAUGAAGUUUUCAGGGAAUGUACACUUUAAAAAUACUUUCUCUUUAAAAAUACUUUUUAUCUAGACCAAAUAGGCUGGCAUCUUCAGAAUGCUUAUUCUUUGGUGAAAGUACAGUCAUUGGUUAUGAUAGUUCCUACAUCACCGCAAUGUUCCUUGUUCCUUUUAUAUGUGGGCUCAACCCAGUUGUGUUACACAGCCUCUGCCUUAGUUUAUUUUGAUAAGACAAUUUAUAAACACCAUCAUUUACAGUGAAAUUCUUAGUCUUAAAACCGGCCUUUCUCCCCCCCCCCCCCCCCCCCCCAGAAAAAUGGUUUGGCCAUCCUUACUAAUGACUUCCCUCUAAACAGUAUUUCUUGGUACUGGUAGAUUUGGAUUGCAUGAAAAAGAUGAGUGCCCAGUUUAACCAUGUGUUAUCUUUUUCAAAUAAAUUGAGUACAAUAAUA